AUGGUAUGGAGUUGGUGCGAGGGCUUUCCGCUGCCUCUCCGGGUUCAGGGCCCGCGACGCCUCCAGCUCAUUGUUCAACCCACAGACCCUGCUUGGUUCGGGCUGCAGACGGAGAGCACCACCUUCAGACCCACAGACCCUGCUUGGUUCGGGGCUCAGGACGGAGAGCACCACCUUCAGACCCACAGACCCUGCUUGGUUCGGGCUGCAGACGGAGAGCACCACCUUCAGACCCACAGACCCUGCUUGGUCUGUGGACGGAGAGCACCACCUUCAGACCCACAGACCCUGCUUGGUUCGGGCUGCAGACGGAGAGCACCACCUUCAGACCCACAGACCCUGCUUGGUUCGGGCUGCAGACGGAGAGCACCACCUUCAGAUCCACAGACCCUGCUUGGUUCGGGGCUCAGGACGGAGAGCACCACCUUCAGAUCCACAGACCCUGCUUGGUUCGGGCUGCAGACGGAGAGCACCACCUUCAGACCCACAGACCCUGCUUGGUUCGGGGCUCAGGACGGAGAGCACCACCUUCACCACCUUCAGACCCACAGACCCUGCUUGGUUCGGGCUGCAGACGGAGAGCACCACCUUCAGAUCCACAGACCCUGCUUGGUUCGGGCUGCAGACGGAGAGCACCACCUUCAGAUCCACAGACCCUGCUUGGUUCGGGCUGCAGACGGAGAGCACCACCUUCAGAUCCACAGACCCUGCUUGGUUCGGGCUGCAGACGGAGAGCAUCACCUUCAGAUCCACAGACCCUGCUUGGUUCGGGCUGCAGACGGAGAGCACCACCUUCAGAUCCACAGACCCUGCUUGGUUCGGGCUGCAGACGGAGAGCACCACCUUCAGACCCACAGACCCACAGACCCUGCUUGGUUCGGGCUGCAGACGGAGAGCACCACCUUCAGACCCACAGACCCUGCUUGGUUCGGGCUGCAGACGGAGAGCACCACCUUCAGAUCCACAGACCCUGCUUGGUUCGGGCUGCAGACGGAGAGCACCACCUUCAGAUCCACAGACCCUGCUUGGUUCGGGCUGCAGACGGAGAGCACCACCUUCAGACCCACAGACCCUGCUUGGUUCGGGCUGCUGCAGACGGAGAGCACCACCUUCAGACCCACAGACCCUGCUUGGUUCGGGCUGCAGACGGAGAGCACCACCUUCAGACCCACAGACCCUGCUUGGUUCGGGGCUCAGGACGGAGAGCACCACCUUCAGAUCCACAGACCCUGCUUGGUUCGGGCUGCAGACGGAGAGCACCACCUUCAGAUCCACAGACCCUGCUUGGUUCGGGCUGCAGACGGAGAGCACCACCUUCAGACCCACAGACCCACAGACCCUGCUUGGUUUGGGCUGCAGACGGAGAGCACCACCUUCAGAUCCACAGACCCUGCUUGGUUCGGGCUGCAGAUGGAGAGCAUCACCUUCAGACCCACAGACCCUGCUUGGUUCGGGGCUCAGGACGGAGAGCACCACCUUCAGAUCCACAGACCCUGCUUGGUUCGGGCUGCAGACGGAGAGCACCACCUUCAGAUCCACAGACUGCUGCUUCAUCACUUUUUACACAGACUCUGGAAAUGGAUUCACCUCCAGAUGUCUUUGUCUGACCCUCGGCUCCAAACUGCAACAAAUGAUGUGCUCAUUAAUACAACAAUAUUCUGCUACAUUAUGUCCCAUUUCCCCUAA